AUCGCAUGCACUUACAUAUUUGCCCCUACUAGCUUAGUGUUCAUUAGGUACACAAUCUAUAGAUACGUGUCGUAUCAGGCUACUGCGUGAGCCAAUGACGCUUCAGGAACGCGCAUGCGCUUUGAGGUGAUGGGAAUUUCCAACAGCUGAGGCUUCGGUAGCUCCGGCUAACACUUGUGAAAGCUCGGGGCUGACUCAGGACAAUCAUACCAUUCAAAUCUUGACUUGGUGAGUCCCAUUGACCUUGGAUCACUGCAUGUGCUACUUCCAACGGAUGGACAACAACAUUGCAUAAACAGAGAGCGAAACAAAAGCCUGUCGGCCGUCAUCUAGAACUGCUUUGGCCAGUGUGUCAAGUCAGGCUUUAAGCCUGAUCAGAGAUGGCCAUAAGAUAUCCAUGCAGCCUACGGCUAAGCUGCAAAAAUUGAAGGUGCCAUCGCUGGAGAAGAGGAUGCGCUGCUGAGUGUUGUUUUUCUCUCCCCCAACCAUAUCGCCACCACUGCCUGUGUGCUGCUGCACAAAGUGAGUCUUGGUGCUCUGAAAUAAUGCUUCAGUGUAACAGCUUUGUGCAUAAUAUGCAAAGAGAGUGAUGCACUCGCAAAAUAAGCAAACCAGCUGACUGAUAGUCUGCUGCAUAUAAUGGAUGCAAAGUUAAAAGAAGACCUGUUCCGGAGAUAUGUGGGGGCACUGGAAAGGCGCCUUCAAGAUGGAGGGGAAAAAUAUGGAAUAGCAAACUCUCAUGAGGGGGACUAUGGCAGACACAAAGACAGUGAGGCCCUGCUUUCUACAGCUACAGCACUACUUGGUGCCUAUCAGCCAGAUCCAGGACAGCGUUUCCGCAUGGUGCGGUUUUAUGAAGUUGUUGAGGGUUCGCUGCGCUGUCAAAGGGGAGGCAAUCUCAGGAGCCUGGAGAGAGCGUUCCACACCCUGGAAACCAUAUGCACCAAUCUCUUACUCUUCCCCUGGAAGAAAGAGUUUAGAUGUAUAAAGGCUUUCACUGGCCCAUAUGUGUACCAUCUGAAGUCUGCCAUUUCAGAUGCUGAGCUUCGUUCUCUAAUGUGCACAAUUGGCUACACCUGUGACCACGACUCGCAGUUUUAUUUCCAGGAGCAUCCAGGAGGCACGGGUCAUCUCCGCCAGUUGUCUUUUGAGCUCUUCCUUGCCCAGGCAGAGUGUCGUCUUCUGGGGGAGGUAGUGGCACUGGCCCGGGGUUCCGCUUCCGAGUUAGAAGCGUUAGAGCUCCGCAAGGGCUGCAGAGAUGACGCAGCAGGCUGUGCUGAGGCGCUUCGCAGGCGUGACAGCCUCGGGGUGGACAUGGCUCGCCUGUCUGUGCAGCCGCUAGAUAUCGAGAGGCCUCAUGCUCACCACCUGAGGCGAGGUAGCCGGCCGUCGAAGUCUGUGGAUGUGACAGAUGGGGCGGGUCACUGGCACGCAGCAGUUACCAAACCGAUCCUGAAAGCCUCAUUGAGUCUGAGGAAGGAGCCUGUAUUUGUUGAUGCCGAGGAAGAUAUGAAGGAUGAGAUCAUUAGGCCCAACACCUCAGCAUCUCUUUUCUCCGUGGCAGCACCCCCUUCUUAUAGCCCCAUUGCCGAUUUCUUCCCCACACAGUCGCCCCCACCAGCUGACGCUUAUACAUCCUAUCAUCUUUCGUCUUUGGAUGAGAUCGACUUGUACACAGAGAGGGGUGGGGGUAGCGCCGGUGGAAGACAAACACCCUCGCGGCCUCCUUCCAGAGAGCCCCGAGAUGCCCGAGACGGGUGGCUGCUCAAAUCCCAUGGUAGUGUGAAGUGUCAGGGCUGUGGGAUGGGCUGCUCAACAGUGGCCUCCUGCCAGCAUUGUGACGUGAUACUGUGCUCGACAUGUCAUGACAUCGAGCCCUCCCCAUGCUGCAGCCUGCAGGAGUACCACCUGAAAUCAACCCGACCAAUCGAUGGAUACGUUCCUGUCAAGGAGAAGCUUUCCGUCUACUCGAACACUCACUCCCACUCCCAUCUCCACCCCCACCCACUCACACUGACCCAUUCGCAUACUCACUCCCACCCUCAUCCCCAUGUGGGUGACAAGCCUCUGUUGUCCACAAAGCCGUUCCCGAGUAAGUCAAUUGCCUUGACUACGCCGAAGGGAAGCAGCAGUGAGCGCAUGAGCAUGGGAGGAUCACGAUGCAGGUUUUGCAACAAGCCAGGUGCGUCUCAAACAUGUGUCACCUGCUCCAAGGUAUCAUGUGACUCAUGCAUUGGCUUGUAUGCCAAGGAUAUGUGCACGCGCAAGAAUCCCCAGCACAUGUUUGUACCCAACCAUCAACUCAACUUCAAAUCUGGCACCAUCUCUCACAUGGUGUACCGAUAAUCCAGGUAGACUGAGGGUUUGGUUCUACGCUUUUAGCCCCCCUCCUUUAAACGACGGCAUUGCCACGCACUGUUGCUUCGACUCUGCUGCCAUUUUUUCGCGAAACACUCACAAGCUGACAGUCUUUUUGAACUCCAAAUAGUUAAUUUUGUCUCACUGUUGGUAGGGCCAGAUUGACUGUUUUAAGUUAUGGCCUUUCAUCUAAUAUACUACUACGACGACUACUACAUUUUGCCUUGCUACCUGCUCUUGACUAGUCAUGUGAUACUAUAGUGCUUACCCAGUUCCUCACUUUUGCUCCCUCAAAGGGAAUCUGGAAUUAAAAAGUUGAAUGACUUCUCACUUAGAAAUAUGUCCAAAAUGGUAUAAACUUGUAAACUAAGAAAAAAAAUACUAUAUAUAUAUAUAUAUAUAUAUAUAUAAAUAUAUGAGAGAGAAUCUAUAUCCUGUAUGUCUAUGUGUGUGCUGAGAAGACCUCCUGACAUUGCGUGAAGAAAACUUUUAUUAAAACUUGAAAAUGGUGAAAAAAGAUACACUGGAAAUAGUAACAUAAUAGUAUAUAUUUUAAAACUACAAUUAUGUAGAGCAGUAUGAGACCUUUAGAUAACAGUGGCUUUUAAGGAUUGACAGGAAGUACUGUAUCUCAAAGGGACAUGUUGAGACAAUGAUCAGAUGCCAUAUUGUUUUGAUGAACUCAUGCCUUGUAAAUGACCAACCUCCAAGUCCCUUCAUGGUUUCCAGCAGACUGUUUUAGUGCUGCUCUUGACAUCUUAAUCAUAUUGUUCGGGUGUGUGUGCGUGUUUGGAGCCCAUUCAACUCACGUUUCAGGAUGCUGCAUUUCCCCCUCACUAGAUCAGAGGUUCCCUGUCAAGUCUCAGGUGGAGUCUCAGCAAGUGUCUGGACCACAAAUCAAUUGCAUGCAUAUUCUCUUCAAGCAUACGAAACUUGUUUUAAACAGUAUCUAAUGUGAAAGUUUUGUCAUGCUUUUUGUCUACCUCAAACCGCUCCAACCAGUGUGACUUUCCAGACUUCUAAAUCUCUAAAAUUCUGGAUGUGUUGUAUUUCAUAUUUAGCCCAAACAAGCUGUCCGUCCGUCCGUCUCCCCCUCCCUUUGGGCUAUUCCCCUCAGGAGUCGCCACAGUGAAACAGUCGAUUCUCAUGAUAGAUUUGGCACUAUAGUUUUUACAUUGGAUGCACUUCCUUGAUGCAAACCCACAAGCUGGAAUCGACCUGGGCCUACACAGUGGCAGUAGUGCCACCAGACCACUGAGCUACCAUCAGGGUUCCCAAGAAAGCUGUCCAAUAGGAAAUAUGUAUUUUUUAAAUGCAAGUUUUUCUUUCACAGCCAAAAUUCUUAUCGCAAUUCUGGUGAAACUGCAUGUUAACAAAAACACUUGUAAAUGUAGUACUGUAAAAUGUUGCAUCAGCAGAGGAUUGGAGAUCUUAAAAUAUCACACAAGGUUUGCAAUUGAAGGGUUAAUUAUUGUUUUUAGACCAGAGUUUGACCGGUGGCCAUGUCCAUUAAAGUUCAGAACAUUGUGCACUUUACAACUAACACCAAAGCCGUGUUCUGUUAAAUGUGACUUACACAAUUGUUCCUGUGAUGACUCUGAGGGCAUCUAGGCUCUACUUUAUGAAAAAUCAACAGAGACCAUCACUAAAACCCGUUUAGUUUGAACAUAAAUGUGCCACCUUUUGCUUCCUUGAAAUAUAUAGAACUUAUAUUCCGCCCACGAACACUAAUUAUUGUCACGUAAUAGCUGCUGCUCUACACUGACAAAAAAAUCCCUUAAGUGACAUUUGGGUUUGUUUACAAUUAAUGGGAAAGUGUGACCCUAAACCCGAAUGGCAUCUUUUACUUCAUAUGGAGUCUGUCGUAUGGAGGUGCAGUUUUCUGUGCUGCUGAGAGAUGGCAUCAUCUACCCAUACUAAUGUGAAAUUUUGUAAUGUUUGAUACACUUGCCUGACUCUCACCAACACCAUAAAGCCACUUGUCCAUAUUUGGUUCAAAACUAGUCCACCUUUUUUUUUUAUUAUCAUUUGAGCAGGAAUCUAAGCACAUAAUGAAGCGUUACAAAAUGGCAUGCUGCAAGUUUUUCUGCAUGUCAUUGCAAAUGAAAAUUAGUGAUGUUUUGUACUCAUACACACAGUAAUUCCAGUUAGUUCAUAUGCCACGCAGGUAAUGCCAAUGAACUGCUUUCCUUCCAAAAGCCUUUUGAGUUUCUCAUUCAAAUGCAGUUUGCUCAGUUCAGCCAAUGAAUUAAUGCAGUUUGUAGGAUGCAUUUUUUUUUUUUUUUUUUUUUGACACCCUUUCUUGGCUGCUGUGUUCUGUUUAAUUGCCUUGCAAUCAUAUCUGCCAUUUUCAUAUAGGAAUUCCUGUUGUGUACCCAUUAUAAAUGCCUGUGAGCAUGGCAUCACCACAGUGCAACUGCGAGCCCUCUCUGUGGUCUUUCAGUGUUGGCAGUAAAUCAGGUGUGAUUUAUGAAGUCUGUUUACGAGAAGACUGAUUGUUGGGCAUGUUUGUUCCAACACACUUUGUUCUUAUGUCUUUUUUAGUAUUUGAGCUUUCAGUUGUUGAACCUUUUCCAAAAACUUCAAGGAGUUCUGCCUCUGCUUGGGUCUUUGAGAUUCAUGACUAAUGUCUCAAGUGAGCUUAGGAAGCGUGCAAUCUUAUUCCAUUUAACAAAGCCUUUUAAAUGUAUUUGAUAUUAGGUAUACAUUAUACGUGCUGUAUAUUCAGUUGUUUAGAUGUUGUCAUUGUGAGUCAUACCAGCAGAAAGGUGACUUUGAGAAGUUUUGCAAUUGUGAUGACAUUGCCAAAUGAAGAACAAAUGAUAAACGAUAAAAUUCUGAGGUCAGCCCUGGAUGUCUUGUCAUUGUUCUGUUUAGUAAAAAAAAAAAUGUUUUGCUAAAGUAUAGACUUGACUCGAUAAACCUUUUCCUAGCAAGCAAAUCUAUGUCAAUAAGCGCCCUGGUGCAUCAUCCGGCGCAAUUUUGAACAGCAGACUGAUCAUUUAGGUCACAAAAGGGCUAAGCAGUUUUCAGGACUGCUGCUGAGUUUAAUGAAGGAAAAUGUCUACAGUAGUUUACAUUUAUCACAUGAUAUGAAUUACUGAUUUUGGACAAACAAGAGCUUUGCUAUUUUGUGGCAUGAAAUUGUGCAUUGGGCCAAUUGAACAUUAUCGGUUGGAGGUCGACGGUCCCUUUACCUCUGUGUGCGCGUGUGUGUGUGGUUGUCCACUGAUAAGUACUUAACUGGUAUUACUGUCAGACUGUCCUAUUUCCAAUGUUUUUGGCCCACUCUUGGCAUGCUUUCUACAAGUCCACAACCAUACCUCUGUCCUUUCACCCAAUAAAACCUCACAACCCCCUUCCUCUUUCACCCCUGCCCAUUCACUUUGACACUGGAGAUCAUUGCACAAUGUCUUGGUUAAGGCAAUGAAACUUAUACGAUCAAUGUGUGGCUGAAAAUGGGAUGGGAAGGGAAAAUAGCCAAAAUUGUUGAUUGGUGACAAUAUGUGUAAAUGACUAAAACAAAUGUAAAUGAUAUUUUAUAAGAAUUUAAUGAAUAAAACCCAGGAAAAAACGUGGUUCUUGUCUGAGUUUGAAUGAAAUGCAUGCAGAGAAAUUGUUAUAUCAGAUUCUGAAAUUAUUUUGCCAACUACCCAAAGUUUUUGUAAAACAUUGAAGGAAGACUGUUCGGAAUGAGUGUAAUUUUAUUUAUAGACCAGCAGGUGACGCAAAUUACUCAUAGAUCUGUAACUGCAACUUUUUAAAAUGUGCCUCCGUUAAGCUGCUUUUAAAAGCCUACAAUAAAUGUGAAAGUAAACUAUAGCUCUAUAAUUAUUCAAACACAAGCUGCAAGUACACAGAUAGCAAAAAUAAUUAGAUCCGAGGGGGCAAAGAGAAAAUUCUCUUAAUUGUAACGAUUUGAUCGAGGUGAUACCUUUUUAGCAUUGAG